AUGGCGGCUGUGUUUGUUUCUAAUAGAAGAUUUGAUAAAAUAACGCAAAAAUAUGUUAAAUUAGCCACAUCAGUUACGAACACCUCAGUAAUUUUAAAUAAGCCACAAUUAAAUAUAAUUUGUAGACAAUGUGCGGUCACAAGUUACUACAGGUUUUAUUCUUCAUCACCGCCGAGCCAAGCCGGUGGGACGGACGCAGCAAAAAAUGUUUUGGCGGCAGUUUUGGCUAACAAACCAAAGACGGGCAAAAUCCCUGUUGGCAUCCAAAAGCGAGACUGCUUUCAUCCAGGUGCAUCUGUUCUAUCUCGAGAAGAUAUCAAUCUGGGUGAUGCAAAGCCGGUGACGGGAAUGGACAUGGUUAGGGGCAUGUUGGAAUAUGUGUGGCCCAAGGAUAACGCAAUGAUCAGAAAUCGUGUGAUGCUGUCCCUAUCCCUCCUGUUUGGUGCUAAGGUGAUGAAUGUCACGGUGCCCUUCUUCUUCAAGUAUGCAGUGGAUGAGGUCAAUAACCUGACAACCACUCCGACGGGAGAUGCUUUAUUAGGAAUGGCCACAGUACCUCAGGCAUUGGGGACAACGGCAUUCAGUUUGUUAGUUGGAUACGGUAUAGCCCGCGCGUCUGCCGCGGGGUUCAAUGAACUCCGUAACGCGGUGUUCGCGAAGGUGGCUCAGCACUCCAUCCGUAAGCUGGCCUGUAACGUGUUCCUUCACCUCCACAACCUCGACCUGAGCUUCCACCUCGCGAGGCAGACCGGGGCUCUGUCUAAGACCAUAGACAGAGGUUCCCGCGCUAUAAACUUUGUGUUAUCAGCCAUGGUGUUCAACAUAGUGCCCACCAUAUUUGAGUUGUGUUUGGUCUCAUCGAUCCUUGGUUUGAAAGGAGGACUGGCAUUCGCAGGCGUGGCGUUUAGUUGUGUGGGUGUGUACGCGGCCUUCACGUUAGCUAUCACACAAUGGAGAACCAAGUUCAGGGUUCAUAUGAACAAGGCUGAGAACGAGGCGGGGAAUAAGGCGGUCGACUCACUCAUCAACUAUGAAACUGUCAAGUAUUUCAACAAUGAAAAGUACGAGCUAGAAAAGUACGACUCAUCUCUACGCACGUAUGAGUCAGCGUCAUUGAAGACUGCCUCUAGCCUGGCGUUACUCAACUUCGGCCAACACGCGAUAUUCAGCGCCGGACUCACCGUAAUCAUGAUUAUGGCGGCCCAGGAAAUAGCCAAGGGUAACAUGUCUGUCGGUGACCUAGUGAUGGUGAACGGGCUCGUGUUCCAGCUGUCCGUGCCUCUCGGGUUCUUAGGUUCUGUGUACCGCGAGGUGCGUCAGGCGCUCGUCGACAUGCAGACAAUGUUCACACUCAUGACCGUGCAGUCAAAGGUCAAGGAAAAGAGCCAAGCACCGAAACUGAUCAUCGACAAUAAAACAGCGACCAUAGAGUUUAAAGAUGUGAGCUUCAAGUAUGUGAACGGCAAGCCCAUACUGAACAAUCUGUCCUUCACCAUACCGGCCGGCAAGAAGAUCGGCAUCGUUGGCGGCUCGGGUAGUGGUAAGUCUACGAUGGUUCGUCUCCUGUUUCGUUUCUUCGAGCCUCAGUCUGGGCAGAUUUUGGUCGCCGGACAAAAUAUUAAGGAUUUGGACCUAGCGAGCUUGAGGAAAGCCAUCGCUAUUGUACCGCAGGACUGUGUUCUGUUCCACGACACUAUCCUCCAUAACCUUCAUUACGGAGAUCUCAAUAAGAGUGUCGAAGACGUGUACAAGGCCAGCCAACUAGCUGAGCUACACGAUUCUGUACAAACGUGGCCCAAGGGUUACGACACUCAAGUGGGCGAGCGUGGUUUGAAGCUGUCUGGUGGGGAGAAACAGCGAGUGGCGAUAGCUCGAGCAAUCCUCAAGGACAGCCCUAUCAUAGUGUUCGACGAAGCCACCUCGAGCCUCGAUUCACUCACUGAACACGCGAUACUUCAAGCUCUCAAAGCAGCGACGGUCGGCCGUACAUCAAUAUGUAUCGCACAUCGUUUAUCAACAGUGGCCGACGCUGAUGAAAUACUUGUAUUGGAGAAGGGAAGCGUUUCCGAGAGAGGGAACCACAACCAGCUCAUACAGAAUAGAAACUCCUUGUACUACAGACUGUGGGAGAAACAGAAUAGAGAAGCAGUACCUAGGAUUUAG